GAGCAAACGGAGCAAAAAUGGCGGUAUCGCGUAAAAAAAGCAAAAAACGCAGCAUAAAACGGUUCUAGAAUUCGUUAAAAGAACGAAAUUUGUUAUCUUGACAUUUGCCACAUACCACAGCUGUUUUUGACAUUAUAUUAUAAAUGUAUACGUUUUUAGUUUUUAUGGGCGAAUUAUAAUACAUAAACACGUCACUACUUACCUACAAUUUUAGGAUUUUAGGUAUACUUAUGGCUAGAUUUGAAUAAUUUUAGUAUAAAACUUCGAGAUGACGGACGUAGCAGUGGACGUAUCAGGGGAGAUGGACCCCCCUUUGAUAGUUCAACAAAAAGGAGUUCUUCCAAGUUUUUUGAAAAUUCCUUCCGAAUUGCCUGAUCCCAAGGAGUGGAUUAGUCAUCAGAGGCAAAAUGUUAGGAGUUGGUUGCUUUUUGUUCAAACUUCCAAUUUUAAAGUGCCACCAUCAAUACCCAGAGUUGGAAAGAGGAUUAUGAGAAAUAUCGAAUAUUUUCAAGCGAAUUAUUUAUUUGUGUUCCUAGGGCUCAUUGUUUAUUGCUUGAUAACUUCACCACUUAUUUUAAUAGCAUUAGCUGGAACGUUUUACGCAGGUUACCGACUUAAUAAACGUAACCAAGAAAAGAAACUAAUAAUUUUUGGUAGAGAAUUAACUAUAGCACAACAAUAUGGACUUGUAACGGCUUGUUCAUUGCCUGUUUAUUACUUAGUAGGUGCACACGGAGCGAUGUUUUGGGUAAUAGGAGCAUCAUGUGUGAUUAUAACUCUACAUGCUGCAUUUUAUAAUAUUGAAACCAUUAUUGCAAAGGAAGAAGAUUCUUAUGCUCUGUUGGAGGAGGUUUAA